AAGAAGAAGAAGGCCGCCGCGGCCGCCAUCUGUGGGGGUCACUGGGCCGCUCGACCUUUUCGUCGCAAGAUGGUGGCCGCGCGGGCCAUCGGCAGCCUCAGCCGCCUCACCGUCAACGGCCGGAGCCGCUUCCCAGGUUAUGUCUCCCGAAACUUUACUCAGUCUUCCACUUUACUAUCCAGAACCCAUAUUAACUAUGCCGUCAAAGGGGAUGUGGCCGUGGUCCGAAUCAACUCCCCAAAUUCAAAGGUAAACACUCUGAACAAAGAGUUGAAGUUGGAGUUCAUGCAAGUAAUGAAUGAGAUUUGGGCCAGUGAAGCCAUCAGAAGUGCAGUCCUCAUUUCAGCAAAGCCAGGCUGCUUUAUUGCUGGUGCUGAUCUCAACAUGCUAGCAGAUUGUAAGAGUCCUCAGGAAGUGACACAACUAUCUCAAGAAGGACAGCAAAUGCUGGAGAAGCUUGAAAAGUCCCCGAAGCCUAUUGUAGCUGCCAUCAGUGGAUCCUGCUUGGGAGGAGGACUGGAGCUUGCCAUCGCCUGCCAGUACAGAAUAGCAACAAAAGACAAAAAGACUGUAUUGGGUGUUCCUGAAGUGCUACUGGGGAUAUUGCCAGGGGCGGGAGGCACACAGAGGCUCCCAAAGAUGGUGGGUGUCCCCGCUGCCUUUGACAUGAUGCUUACUGGUAGAAACAUUCGUGCUGACAGAGCAAAGAAGAUGGGACUUGUUGACCAAUUGGUGGAGCCUCUGGGACCAGGUUUGAAAGCUCCAGAAGAAAGGACAAUUGAAUACCUUGAAGAAGUAGCCGUUACUUUUGCUAAAGACCUAGCUGAUAAAAAGGUUUCUGCCAAGAAGAACAAGAGUCUGGUGGAGAAGGUGACAUCCUACGCCAUGACAAUUCCAUUUGUCAGGCAACAGAUCUACAAAACAGUGGAAGAAAAAGUUAGAAAGCAGACCAAAGGGCUGUAUCCUGCUCCCCUGAAGAUCAUUGAUGUUGUUAAGACUGGACUUGAAGAGGGGAAUGAUGCUGGGUAUCUGUCGGAAUCCCAGAAAUUUGGUGAACUUAUAAUGACCAAUGAAUCCAAGGCUUUGGUUGGACUCUACCAUGGUCAAGUUCUGUGCAAGAAAAAUAAGUUUGGGGCCCCUCAGAAGGAUGUCAAGCAUCUGGCUAUUCUUGGAGCAGGGCUCAUGGGAGCUGGCAUUGCUCAAGUCUCAGUGGAUAAGGGGUUGAAGACCAUUCUCAAAGACACCACAUUAACAGGCUUGGGCAGAGGACAGCAGCAAGUCUUCAAAGGGUUAAAUGACAAAGUGAAGAAGAAGAAUCUGACGUCAUUUGAAAGGGACUCCAUCUUCAGCACCCUAACGGGGCAGCUCGAUUACCAGGGAUUUGAGAAGGCAGACAUGGUGAUUGAAGCUGUCUUUGAGGACCUCAACAUUAAGCACAAAGUGCUGAAGGAGGUGGAAGCUGUAAUUCCUGCUCACUGUGUCUUUGCCAGUAACACAUCUGCUCUCCCAAUCAAUGAAAUUGCUGCCGUCAGCAAAAGGCCUGAAAAGGUUAUUGGCAUGCACUACUUCUCUCCAGUGGACAAGAUGCAGUUACUAGAGAUCAUCACGACAGAAAAAACCUCCAAAGACACAACUGCCUCUGCUGUAGCAGUUGGCCUCAAACAGGGCAAAGUCAUCAUUGUGGUCAAGGAUGGGCCGGGCUUUUACACCACCAGGUGCCUCGCCCCCAUGAUGUCUGAAGUUGUCCGGGCUCUGCAGGAAGGCGUUGAGCCUAAGAAAUUGGAUUCCUUGACCACCAGCUUUGGCUUUCCUGUGGGUGCUGCCACCCUGGUGGAUGAAGUUGGUGUGGAUGUGGCCGGACACGUCUCAGAGGAGCUGGGCAAAGCCUUUGGGGAGCGGUUAGGCGGUGGAAGCCCAGAACUGCUGAAGCUCAUGGUGAAUAAAGGCUUCCUGGGUCGCAAAGCUGGGAAAGGUUUUUAUAUCUACCAGGAGGGCGUCAAGAACCGAAGUUUGAAUUCUGGCAUGGAUGAGAUUCUGACCCAGUUGAGGGUCUCGGCCCGACCUGAGGUCUCCACUGAUGAAGACAUUCAAUAUCGACUGGUGACGCGGUUCGUCAAUGAGGCAGCCAUGUGCCUACAGGAGGGGAUCCUGGCCACGCCCGCGGAGGGAGACAUCGGGGCAGUGUUCGGGCUCGGCUUCCCGCCUUGUCUCGGAGGUCCCUUCCGUUUCACAGACCUGUACGGUGCCCGGAAGCUUGUGGAUCGACUCAAGAAGUAUGAGGAUGUGUAUGGGAAACAGUUCACCCCAUGUCAGCUGCUGGUAGACCACGCUAACAACCCAGACAAGAAGUUUUAUCAGUGAACAGAGCUGGUACCCCUGCUCACUUAAGGCACCAGCCCUCAGGGCGGAGGCCCGUGUCGAGACUCCCGACGGAACGAUGAGUAGAUUUAUUUCCAAGUAAUCAAACCGGGGCGGCGGGGCAAGGGGCAGCGGGAUUCCGGCACGGCAGCUAGGUGCCCAGUUAGAAGUGCCUUAGGUGUUUACCAUCCCUAGGCGGGGCCUGACGAUGCUUGGCUGUGACUUGGUUACUGAAGUUCCUGGCGGAAGAUGGAUUGGAACUUGUUUGUGCUCUUGCCUCAGAGUUUCUCGCCAGGUCAGCCAGGAGUCACCUUAGCUGCCUCUUCUCAGCCUGAAGUGUCGCAGGGUAACUUCCCUUUGUAACAGUAAACCCCAACUAUUAAUUGCCUCGCUGC